UUCUGUUCGGCCGCCGUAGACAAGGAAACUGCAGAGAAAACGGUUACCCGGCAACGAGAAGAAACAACCGGAACCAUCGGCACCGGCAGCGGGAGAAAGGAGAGGCAGUUCCUGCCAAAGAGAUGUCGAUUCCAUUCUCCAAUACCGACUACCGAAUUCCACAAGGAUUUGGGAAUCUUCUCGAAGGGCUGACACGGGAAAUUCUGAGGGAGCAGCCGGACAAUAUUCCAGCUUUUGCAGCAGCAUAUUUUGAAAACCUACUAGAAAAAAGAGCGAAAACCAAUUUUGAUCCAGCAGAAUGGGGGGCUAAGGUAGAUGACCGCUUCUACAACAACCAUGCUUUCAAGGUACAACAACCCUCUGGUGCUACUGAACCUGAGGAGGUACCACCUGAAAAAUGUGCACCUGAAAAAGAUACAUCUCAGGAAACAGUGAAAGAGCAGGAAACACAGGCAUCAUUUGUGGAGGAAACUACUACUGAUGAAGAGGAAGAGGCUGCUGCUGCUGCCGUCAAAAUCCAGGCAGCAUUUCGGGGACAUAAGGCAAGAAAGGAAAUGAGGGAAAUGAAAGAAGGUAGCACUGAGGAGCAGGAAAUGGAGUGACUGUUUUUAUCAUAGAUAGCCAAGGGGAAAAAAAAUUGCUCGAAUCCAUCAACCCUAUGUGAGGUUAUCAUUUUUUUUUCCUUAGUAAGGGAAAUUUGAUGUAGCAAAAUGACAUUUGUUGCUGUUGUGAGAAUCUGUCAUGAGUUUAAUAAACAUGCCACUUUAAACAUGCCAA